AUGACUUUGGCUAAACAUUGGGUAUACAAGCCCCACGAAGACAUAGUAUUGUCCCACAUCAAGGGAUUGUGCGCCAGCAACCCAGCUGUGGCUCUCAUCCCAUCUGAAAAGGUUGUGUUCAAUCCCCAUUCUGAUACCUCCCGCAAAGUGUGCUUGAUUAGUGGUGGAGGAGCAGGCCAUGAACCUCUUCAUGCUGGGUUUGUCGGCACCAAUUUAUUGGAUGCAGCCGUAUCAGGUGCUGUGUUUGCGUCACCAUCCACAAAACAAAUCAUGGCCGCCAUUAAGACCAAAUCAGACAAAUCACAAGGUACACUUAUCAUCGUCAAAAACUAUACAGGUGAUAUUCUCCACUUUGGACUCGUGGUGGAACGGGCUAAGAGUGAGGGUUACAACGUGGAGAUGUUGGCGGUGGCGGACGACGUGGCGGUGGGUCGCAAGCAGAACGCCAUGGUGGGAAGAAGAGGUUUGGCUGGAACUGCUCUUGUGCACAAGGUGUUGGGAGCUGCCACUGCCACCACCACCUUGACGCUUGCUCAGGUGGUUGCAUUGGGCCGUGCUGUCAACGGGGCGAUGGUAACGGUGGGCGCAUCAUUGGACCGUACGUCUGUACCGGGCAAGACACAUGAUGAAAUCGAGUUCAACGGGCCCAACGAGGCCGAGUUGGGCUUGGGCAUUCACAACGAGCCCGGCACUAAAAUGUCGCCUAUUCCUGCCAUAGACGACUUGGUCCGCGACAUGUAUGCCAUGCUCGUUUCACCAGACGAUGAAGAUCGUCACUACAUCGACUUUGACCUUAAAAACGACGAUACGGUCUUGCUCAUCAACAAUAUUGGUGGAACCUCAUCGUUGGAGUUGUACGCCAUUGUUCAGCACGCCAUUUCCGGGCUCCCAUUGCUGCACCAGCCACAGCGUGUGUUGGUGAGCGACUUUGUUACUUCGCUCAAUGCCCCUGGCUUUUCUAUCACUUUAUUGAACUUGUCGAGUGUUGAGAAGAACAGCGGGUUUAGCAAGGCCGAAAUUUUGGCGUUUUUGGACGCUCCUACUGAUGCUCCAGGGUGGAAACCAAAGUCUUAUUCCCUGUGGGAUAGUCCCAGUGUGGAGAUCGAGUCGCCUAUGAAGGAAGUUGCACCUGUGUCGUCGGAUCUCAAAAUCAAUGGGUCACAGUUUUUGCAGCAAUUGCAAAAUGCGAUGUACACCUUGAAGAAAGCCGAGCCUAAAAUCACACAUUACGAUACUCUCGUUGGCGAUGGUGACUGUGGUGAUACUCUCGUGAUGGGAGCAGACGGGAUCUUAGCGGCUGCAAAAACCCCUGAGUUCCAAGCGGCUCUGGCUGACCCAGUAGCGGUUUUAUCUAGAAUCACUGAAAUCGUCGAGGAGAACAUGGGUGGAACCUCGGGUGGAAUUUACUCGAUUUACCUCACUGCAUUGGUCCACCAAUUGCAGAGUUUACCCGAUGUCAGCGUCGAAUCCGUUGGUAAAGCUUUGUACAAAGCCCUAUACGACGGGUUAUUCAAGUACACGAACGCCCGUGUCGGUGGUCGUACAUUGGUGGAUACUCUCCAGCCUUUUGUUGACACAUUAAGCGAAACCCACAACGUUCUGAAAGCUCUUGAAGCUGCUAGAGCUGGCUGUGAAAAGACUAAGGAGUUACAAGCCAAGUUCGGCAGAGCCAGCUAUGUUGACGAGCUGGAAUUCAAGGCCGAUGGUGGUGUCCCAGAUCCGGGUGCCGUGGGGCUUUUAGCCAUUAUGGAAGGGUUUUUGGCGUAA